UGGGGCCCGGGCCUGCUCGGCCGCUCCCCGCACGGCGCUCCGCUCGCCCCGACCCGGCCCAGGCGGGCACCAUGCGCCGGGAGAGCGACUGCGCGGAGGAGAAGGCUCCUGCCAAGGGGGACGGGGGUGCGGAGUGCGCCAUGCGAGCCCGCAAGAGGAAAGCCGAUGUGGCCACGUUCUUACAGGAUCCUGAUGAAGAAAUUGCCAAAAUGGAGAUGACUAGAAAAAAGCAGUAUGAAAACCAGCCAUCCUGGAAUAAUGUUCACAAAAAUGCCCAUAUGCUGAUUCCUACUCCAGAUAAAGAUGAUGAUCCAGUUGGUGUUGAUUACUCUCACUUUAUACAUCUAAGUGUUGCUCCGACUAGAGCUUCACCAUUACCAGUUCUAGGCUGGGCAAACAGAGAGGACGUAUGGAAAAACAUGAUAAACAAAGAGGAGACGUAUGUGAGGGAUAAACUUUAUAUGCAAAAGCACCCUCUCCUGCAACCUAAAAUGAGAACGAUCCUUUUAGACUGGCUAAUGGAGGUUUGUGAAGUCUACAAGCUUCAUAGAGAAACUUUUUAUUUAGCACAAGAUUUCUUUGAUCGGUUUAUGGCAACACAACAGAAUGUUGUAAAAACACUAUUGCAGCUUAUUGGUAUCUCUUCUUUAUUCAUAGCAGCAAAGCUUGAGGAAAUCUAUCCACCAAAGUUGCACCAGUUUGCCUAUGUUACAGAUGGAGCUUGUACAGAAGAUGAAAUCCUCAGUAUGGAAUUGAUCAUUAUGAAGGCUCUUAACUGGAACUUAAAUCCGCUGACAGUUGUAUCAUGGCUAAACAUUUACAUGCAAGUUGCAUAUUUAAAUGAGCUUUAUGAGGUAUUGCUGCCACAAUAUCCACAGCAAAUAUUUGUACAAAUAGCAGAGCUCUUGGAUCUCUGUGUGCUGGAUAUCGGCUGCUUGGAAUAUACGUAUGGAGUACUAGCAGCUUCUGCUUUGUAUCACUUCUCCUCAUCUGAGUUGAUGCAGAAAGUUUCAGGUUAUGAAUGGUGUGAGAUAGAGGAAUGUGUAAAAUGGAUGGUUCCAUUUGCAAUGGCUAUAAGGGAAGUAGGAAGCUCCAAACUCAAACACUUUAGAGGUAUAGCUCCUGAAGACUUGCACAAUAUACAGACGCACAUAAACAGCUUGGAUUUGCUGGACAAAGCUCAAGCAAAACAAGCCAUAUUGGCUGAGCAAAAUAGGACUUCACCUUUCCCCACUGGUGUCCUCACACCACCACAAAGUAGUAAGAAACAGUCUUCUGGACUGAAGCCAAUAUGACUUUACAGACUGUUGACAGACAAUUUUGCUGAAGUGCCUGUUCUGCUGGUUCUAACUUCUGCUCCAUUACAGAAAUGCUGCCAGUGAAGUUCAUAAGCUUUUAUGGAAUCUGAAAACGAAACCUUACUUUUUUCAUGACAGAAGAACUUUUCUAUUUGAAAUAUUUUUAUUGAACAUUAAAAUAUUUUAAAGAAAUGGAUCGAGUACACCAGCCACUUAAAAGAACACCGAAGAGUGCUCCAAAUGCUGCUAUGGAGGGUGAUGCUUGACGUGACCAACUGUUUAGAAAAAGGGCUUGAAGUUUAGAUUAGUUACUAUGCUUGUUUGUCCUUUGGAUAAUCUGCAGUCGUACUGUCCCCUGUUGACAAAUGGGCAAAAAGUGCUGUGGAAGACAGCAUUUCAAAGCCUCUUUUUCAAACGGUUGGCUUACAACUUGAUGCCUUUUUAAAAACUUUGUUGUAAAUGCUGCUAUGUCUCUGUGUAUCCAUUUUUAAUAAAAAUGCUGUCUAAGA